AUGGACCCCAGGCAGCGGGAUGGACCCCAGGCAGCGGGAUGGACCCCAGGCAGCCGGAUGGACCCCAGGCAGCGGGAUGGACCCCAGGCAGCCGGGUGGACCCCAGGCAGCGGGAUGGACCCCAGGCAGCCGGAUGGACCCCGGGCAGCGGGAUGGACCCCAGGCAGCCGGAUGGACCCCGGGCAGCCGGGUGGACCCCGGGCAGCGGGAUGGACCCCGGGCAGCCGGGUGGACCCCGGGCAGCGGGAUGGACCCCGGGCAGCCGGGUGGACCCCGGGCAGCGGGAUGGACCCCGGGCAGCCGGGUGGACCCCGGGCAGCGGGAUGGACCCCGGGCAGCCGGGUGGACCCCGGGCAGCGGGAUGGACCCCGGGCAGCCGGCCAGAAGCCAUACCUGCCCCACUGCCGGCCACCUGGGAUCCGGGGCCUCCCAGGCCCAGGGGGUACCGGCGUUGCUGCUGUCCUGCCGGUGCUUGUCAGGCAGGACCCCUCCUGA